UGAAAGAGAUUUUAUUUCUGUAUCGAGAGGAGCGUAUGGUAAAGUUCCUUGUGUUAUUCAUGAAUUAACUGGUUGACUCUCCCUUGCCGAUUUUCUAUGCAGCUCGUUUACGUUAGUGUUGGAAUGCAUCGAUCUUGAUAAGGUUUGUAAUUGAACAUACGCAGAUUUUAACGUAAUGUGGAAUACGAAUAUCUGAGACUAUUUCGCCAUUAGGAUCGAGUAGGUAUUCUGAAGAAACUCUCAUUUGAAUAUUCGUCAUUUUUUCACUUCAUCACAAAUGCUUUGAUUGAUAUUCAAGUUUUUUUGACCAAAUAGGUAUAAAGGGGUAAAAUUAAGAUCAGCCAAUCACAGCAUUUCUUACAAAAAUUUAGUUUCAUCGUACUCCACCAGGUGACCAAUUGUCAAUUGUCAUUUUUCAAGAUAGUGCUACGAGAUAAAAACCAAUUUCUAACCUUUGAUAGGUAAACAAUUUGCUUUAUCGUCUCGUUGGUUAUUUUUAUUCCUUUUGUUUAUCCAUGCGGAACGUAUAGUAAUUAUUCGUGUUUUUGCCAUCAAUUUUAUCAGAUAUUUUGAUUCGUAUUUUGCGGUAGUGAAAAAUAUCGCCUAAUUUGGGAUCGAGUAAAGUAAAACCAUGAGUUCAGAUGACGAAAGUUUCACUACCGUGCGUAUAGUGGCCAAAAAAAUGGACCAAAAUGUGACGUAUUACCUUAUGGAAUGGGCAGACGAAAUUGAAACCGGUAAUUCGUGGUUUCCUGCCGAAGACUGCCCCAAAGUAUUGAUAGAAGAAUUCGAAAAAGGUCUAAAAUCAACUCCACCAAUAAACAACGAGUCGGUCUCGGUUGCCUCAAGACAACUCAAAGAUGCAGGUAAUCGAGAAGCAGAAGUAAUAAGCUCGAGUUUAACUCAGAGUAAACCCGAUAUUAGUGAAAUGACCAACCAGGCAGCAAAUUCGAUAGAUUUGUCAAAUGGUGACAUGGUCUGUCCGAGUGCGAGUCGUGAUAACGUUGACAAUGAUCUCGAUACGAUCGUAAUUAGUGAUAGCGACUCGGAAGAUGAUGACUCAAGAUGGCUAAAUUAUCAUGCCGAGGAUCUCGAAAUUGUCGGUUGUAAACCCUACGAUGUAGGACGAAUAAAGCUUCGUGUUAAACAUACGAAGGAUGGGAAAACGUGGUUCGAUUCUGGAAAAUUUGGUGCUGUGUGGCCGCAGUUAUAUAUUGAUUUUUUAGAGAAACACUUGACUUGGCAGCGCGUACAUAAGGUGAAAAUGUAUUAAAGUAUAAUGCCAAGAGUUGCAUCGAAAUCGUCUUCUGUUGUUGAUUCACAUUGUGAUAUGAUUUUACAUUUUGUGGUAGUUUUUGUGAACUUUUUUUUUUUUUUAAUUUUGCACUGCGUGUUGUCAAUUUUUGAAUAUGAAUAGUACAUAUGUCCCUGUGUUUUCUAUCCUUUUAGACAGCUAUUAUUUUUUGAUAAGUUGUAAUAAUGUUUCCUAUAUAUGUGAUCAAAAUGUCGAUUUUUCAAUUUUCAUUGUAUGUGUUGUUAUGUUUAUUCGUUGAAAGUUUAAAAUAUGUGUACUGAUCAAUUUACCUAACAUUAAGUUUGUUAUGAAUGUUUGCCAAGUCUUAUGUUUUUGGGUUGCUCGAAGUCCAGAAUUUACAGAGUUGUGGUUCUUCUUAUGUCUAGCUUUAUUUUUCGAAUUUUCAUGUGUAACAAAUUAAUCAAAAUAGAUACGUAUUGAGUUGCA